AUGAUGCCCCGCCUUCUUCGACAACCCCUCCAUUCUGUUUCCUCCCCAUUCGCAAAAUCCUUCACCAACAAACCAUCCACAACCAGAUACUUCCACGCAACAUCAGCAAACAUGGCCAUCAAGACUUUCUUCGACGUUACCUGGGAAGGCCCAGUUCUAGAUGCAUCCGGAAAGCAGACCAAAGCGGUUGCUGAGCAAUCCGGCACCAUCAACUUCAUCCUCUACGAUGACGUUGUCCCAAAAACUGCUGAGAACUUCCGUGCGCUCUGUACCGGCGAGAAGGGUUUCGGAUACGCUGGCUCUGCCUUCCACCGCAUUAUCCCUCAGUUCAUGCUUCAGGGAGGUGACUUCACCCGUGGCAACGGCACUGGUGGCAAGUCCAUCUACGGUGAGAAGUUCGCCGAUGAGAACUUCUCCAGAAAGCACACCAAGCCAGGACUUCUCUCCAUGGCCAACGCUGGACCAAACACCAACGGCUCCCAGUUCUUCAUUACCACCGUCGUCACCAGCUGGCUCGAUGGCAAGCACGUUGUCUUCGGUGAGGUCGCUGAUGAGCAAUCCUUGGCUGUCGUCAGGGCUCUCGAGGCUACCGGAUCCGGCAGCGGAAAGGUUAACUACAACAAGAAGCCAACCAUCGUCAAGUCUGGUGUCUUGUAA